GGGAAAACACGUCCAAGUCGUGUCUUUAUUAUGGUCCAAAUUUUCUUUUCCUUUACUUUCUCGUUACCUUUUGUCUACCCCAUCACUACUGACUAGACUCUCUUUCUUUUCUUGACUCAAUUCAAGCCAAAAUCUAUAGGCUACAGAGUCCCUGAUUCUGUUUCUCUGUUUUCUUUGCCAAAUGUAAAUGUCUGUUCAUAAUUGAAGUAAAUUUCAGAAGGGAUUUAUCAGAUUAUGGAGUGGGAUAAACAACAACAGCCUCCUCAGCCUCCACCAACAACUACUACAAUUUCUGGUACUGAAGAGCUCAAUGGGAAUAAUAAUGGAGGGAUGUUUGUGAAAGUCAUGACUGAUGAACAGAUGGAAGUUCUUCGUAAGCAAAUUGCGGUUUAUGCCACCAUUUGUGAGCAACUUGUUGAUAUGCACAAAUCUCUCACUUCCCAUCAUGAUCUUGCAGGCGCCAGACUGGGCAAUCUGUACUGUGACCCUUUAAUCACCUCUGCUGGCCAUAAGAUUACUGGUAGACAGCGUUGGACUCCAACACCUGUCCAGCUUCAGAUUCUUGAGCGCAUAUUUGAUCAAGGGAAUGGUGCUCCAUCAAAGCAGAAGAUAAAAGAGAUUACUGCCGAGUUGUCACAACAUGGUCAAAUCUCUGAAACGAAUGUGUAUAACUGGUUUCAGAAUAGGCGUGCCCGAUCAAAAAGAAAGCAACAAGCUGCAGCAUCUAACAAUGUGGAGUCUGAAGUGGAGACAGAAGUUGAAUCUCCCAAUGAUAAAAAGACUAAGCCAGAGGAUUUACAAUCUCAACACAUUGCAUCUUCGAGGAAUGAGGAUCUCUGCUACCAGAACCCUGAUGUAAGCUCGGGGAUGUUUGCCAUUGACCCAAGAAGCAGUAAAGCAGAACCUGUGUUUCCUUCAGAAGGAAGUUCGAAGGCUGCUGGUAGUUUCUCCCAGAUGGCCUUCUACGGGAGUAUGUUAUCAAAUCCAGGUGUGUAGUUCCUUCGACUUCCUUUCUUAUUUUAGAGUAAUUGGCAUAUAAGGGAACAAAUAUUUUCUGUUGGACUAAGUGUGUCUGUUUGAGAUCCUGGGACUGGUUCUGCUUGCUCAUCCAUCAAGAAAUUCUGUUUAUUCAGUCUUCUAAUUGCACCUACUAAUCAACCUUCUUAAUCUUGAUUGUGUACAUAUCACUGGAAUCAUUGACUGCAUUCCUGAAUUUUGUCAUCAUUUCUUGCCUCUUUGUUUGGAUAUGAUUUUAUCUCUUAGGUCUGCAAGUAAACAUCAUGGUUAGGACUUUAAGUCUUUAAAUGUUGCUCCUGAUCAUGUGGCAUGACGAAUAGACAAAUAUCUAAGCAAUUGUUACCUGCACGCUGGUCAUUUUUCUAGAAUGGGAUACAUCAAAAAUUAGCUUCUAUCAGAUGAAAUACCUUGUCACAUUUCUAAUAUGAGGCCUAUGGCAUUUUGGACUGCCAACCAGUUGCACACAUUUUAGUUUGAAUGAAAAUUUCAAUUUGUUUAAUGCCUCAUGCCACAACUUUCAGAAAUCCAAUCGUUUUCAGAUUGGUGAUACCCCCAGAAAAAUCAUACGGUACCGAACAUUGUGGCUUAUUCAAAAGGACAAUAUCUCCAACAACUCUCCAUAAAGUGCAAUAUUUCAAUAGUUAUUGCAUUUAAUGAUGUAGGCCACACCAUAAUUUCAUUGGAUGUUUACUUUGAAGUUUUCAUUAUUUGCUUUUUGUGGUGGUAGUAUUUGAGAUAUAAAAGGGUUUAUAACUGUUGGUUAAAAGUUAAAAAUGAGAUCUUGCUAGCAGCAUUUGGAUCUGAGAGGAACUCAAGAAUGAUAUAACAAACGUAUCUUAGAUGUUGUCAGAGACAAUGAUAUCAUAUAGAUAUAGAUGAUUCUUGCCUACUUCAUUCAUGUGUUCUUACUGUGGUAAACGACGUCAUUUGUCGACUCGACAGUGACAGAGGGAGAUAUAACAAGUAUCUGAUCUAUAGUGACUAACCCGUAGUCGCGUGUUUAAUGCUCACUAGUUGAACCUCUGAUGAGCAUGUUUAAAAAAUCCAUCCAAUGAAUGCAGGAAUGGAGCAUUUACUUGGGAAGAUGGAGGUCCCAGACAGCUACAACCCUUACCUGCAGUCUGAAGAUUUCCACAUGACAGGCUAAUAUGAUUUUGUCCUCAACUUGCUGUUGAUCAUUUUGUGUUUAGACAAAGUUGUAUCUGGAACUUUAAAGUAUUACACUCUGCUGUACCUAUUCACAACCUCAUAGUCUAGUGCUGAUGAGAUUCCCUUAUGCUUUCCAUCUUGGAAACGGGAAGAUGCAGUGUUUUCCAUUCCUUGAAUGGUUAGAGAUGGACAGUCACAGUUCUUGUUUUCUAGUAAUUUUCAAGUUAUAUUUCUUCUAGCAUUAUGAUAAUUGCUUCUUGUUGUUAACGUCAUUUUUCUUCAGAUAAUCAGCAACUAUCACUAUAGCAUGUACCAUUUUC